CCCUCCCAAUCUCUCUCUAAACACUAAACCCCUCUCUCUCUCUCUCUCCUUUUGUCCUUUUCCUACCUGUCCCAUCUCACUCCGGCGAGAAGAAAUGUCGCCGGCGGCGCGUAAACGGCGGGAAGAUUCAGGGGAAGGAGAAGGAGAACUGGUGAGGAAGUUCUACCCUGCUCCGUUGGCAGAACACGAGGUUGUGGUGAACGAUGGUGCCGCCUUCUGGGACACUCUCAAUCGCUUCCAUUCUAUUAUGGGAACCACUUUCUCGAUUCCUGUGAUUGGAGGGAGAGACCUGGAUUUGCAUGUCCUCUAUGUUGAGACCACGAAAAGAGGCGGUUUUGAGAAGGUGGUUGCGGAGAAGAAAUGGAGGGAGGUGGGCUCGGUGUUUCGAUUCUCUCGCACAACCACAAGUGCCUCCUUCGUGCUGAGGAAAAAUUACCUUGAGACCCUUUACCAUUACGAACAAGUCCACUUGUUUAGGGUCCAGGGGCCAAUCUUUGCCUCAAUCUGGAAGCAGCCUGAACCUCGUCGUGGGUCUGGAAGACGGUCGUCAAAGAAGUCCAGAGUGGCCGUUGUGGAAGGUUCUUCUUCUACUCCUCAUCCCAACUCUGCUGCGAACUCACCUAAUCCACUCCCUGCUAAAGAUCCAUCCACAUUCACAGCAACCGGGACGAUCGAGGCCAAAUUCGAGUCCGGCUACAUAGUCUCCAUGAAGAUCGGUUCAGAACUCCUGAACGGAGUUCUGUACCAUCCACAUUCUCCUGCUGCCCCCGUUUUCGCUCCGGUCCCCCUCCCCGUCCAGGCCCCUCCUCCUCAGGACACCUCCAUAGUGCCCUACACACCCAAGAGGUCCCGGCACUAUGGAGGGCGCGACGGCCGGAGAAGAAGGGGCAGCAGAAGGGUGGAGGACCCUGACUACCCUAAAGCCAACAGGAGCGGCUACAACUUCUUCUUUGCUGAGCAGCACUACCAGCUCAAGAAGACGCACCCCAACAGGGAGCGGGAGUUCACCAAGAUGAUUGGACAUGCUUGGACCAAUCUCAGUGCAGCAGAGAAAUCGGUGUAUCAGAUCAUUGGGAUGAAGGAUAAGGAAAGGUACAAGAGGCAGCUGAAGGAGUAUAACGAGAAGAAGAGACUGAAGCUAGCUGCUGCAGCUGGAGCUGGAGCAGCUGAGGAGUAGUGGAAAAGGCUCUCUCCAAGUUGAAGACAGAUAUUAUGUUUAAAAGUUAUAAGCUUCUUAGUUGUUUAUUUUUUUACUUUUGGUUCGUCACCAAUUUUGGCGAACGGAGAAAUGGGAAAAUGGAUGUUGGGUACUGAAGACAACAGAUGGAUUAUGUUAUAGACUGAUGAUCCAUUUUGGAUGGAAUAGUUAUAUGAGCCAAGUUUACCAAUGAAUUUCAGGUUUUAAA